AUGAAGGGCCUUUUAUCACGCGCCCUGACGCUGGCAACUGCGCUCUUCCAGCGGCAGGCUCUUGUCUGGGAUGGCACAUGCUCAACGGGCGUACACAUGAUCGUUGCCCGCGGAUCUACUGAACCUGACGGGUAUGGCCGGAUUGGAGUUGUGGCCCAGAAUGCUUCCUUGCUGAUACCCAACUCUUCAAUUGCCACCAUCGUCUAUCCAGCAACAUUCGAAAAUUACUUUACCUCCUAUGCAACGGGAGCCUCCGAGUUUGAGAAGCUUGUCCUUCAAUAUGUGGACGCCUGUCCUGAUAGCAAGGUCGCUCUGCUGGGCUAUUCGCAGGGAGCUCACGCCAUGAUGGACGCUGUCUGCGGAAACAGUGAUGAUGGGUUCUUUGUGUCCCCCGAGUUCCAGAAGGCACUUGGCUCGCAAGUUAUUGCAAUCGUUGCAUUUGGCUCCCCUGACUUCAAUAAAACUCACCCCUGGAGUGUUGGCACAAGCACCGGUGCGGGCUUGUUCGCUCGUAAAAACAUCACCGCUUGUGAGCCAUACGCAGCUGGAAUUCGCAGCUGGUGUGAUGAAGGUGAUAUUUAUUGCGACCUGGGAUCAGACCGGUCGGUCCAUGGUUCAUACUUUGCCAAUUACACCCUCGACGCAGCCGAGUUCAUUGCAGAGAGGUUCAACAGCUCUGACACCGUCGUUGACGUCCCUACAACUACUGCUCCUCCUACCACCACACCAACUCAGUCGGGAACCGAGACAACUGAUGGAACGACAACUGAGACAACUGAUGACACGACAACAACCAGUACCCCAGGCUCCGGCGCUGGAUCAUUCAACCCCUCUUGGGUAAUGAUACUGUCGAUGGCGGGCACCUUGAUGAUUUGGACCGAGCUUCUAUGA